GAAAGAGGGGAAGAUGGCGGCGCGCUGGAGCAGUGAGAAUGUAGUGGUGGAGUUUCGGGAUGCUCAGGCCACCGCCAUGUCUGUGGACUGCCUGGGAUCCCACGCCGUCCUGUCAGGGCGCCGCUUCCUCUACAUGGUGAACCUGGAGGCUCCGUCCGAGGCGCCGCGGAAAAUCGGGCGCCACAGUAAGUGGGAUGUGGGGACGGUCCAGUGGAACCCCCACAGAUCAGAAGCCCACGUCUUCGCUGCCUCGAGCAACCAACGUGUGGAUCUGUACUCGUGGAGGGACGGCGUUGGGGAGGCCCACACCUCCCUGCAGGGACACACCCGGGUCAUCAGCGAUCUAGACUGGUCCUGGUUCGAUCCGGAGCUCCUGGUGACCAGCUCUGUGGACACGUACAUCUACAUCUGGGACACCAGGGACACUCGGAAGCCCACGGUGGCGCUCUCUGCUGUGGCCGGAGCGGCUCAGGUGAAGUGGAAUCGGAGGAACCAACACCUGCUGGCGUCCAGCCAUGAUGGAGACGUCAGAAUCUGGGACAAAAGGAAACCCAACACGGCGGUGGAGUACGUCGCCGCUCACCUGUCCAAGAUCCACGGCCUCGACUGGCAUCCGGACAACGAGUUCAUCUUUGCCACGUCCAGCCAGGACAACUCAGUCAGGUUCUGGGAUUACCGACAGCCCAGGAAAUACCUGAACAUCCUGUCCUGCCAGGUUCCGGUGUGGAAGGCCCGCUACACGCCGUUCUCCAACGGCCUGGUAACCGUCAUGGUUCCUCAGCUGAGGAGGGAGAACAGUCUGUUGCUCUGGAGCACACUGGACCUCAACAGCCCAGUCCAUGCCUUCGUUGGCCACGACGACGUGGUUCUGGAGUUCCAGUGGCGUCCACAGAAAGAAGGCUCCAAGGACUUCCAGCUGGUCACCUGGUCCAGAGACCAGACUCUGAGGAUAUGGAGGGUGGACCCUCAGCUGCAGAAGCUGUGUGUCAGCGACAUGGUGGAGGAGCUGAUGGAGGGGAUGACGCUCACCACGGAGUCCGAGAAGUCUCUGGGGUCCCAGGAGCCUGAAGGCCAGCAGAGCACGGGCCCUUCUGCAGACAGCUUUCAGGAUCCGGACGCCGGCCGUCAGGAAUCAGCUACAGGUUCUGGUCUGGCUCAGACUCUGCAGCAGGAGUUCUCUCUGGUCAACCUGCAGAUCAGGAACGUCAACGUGGAGAUGGACGCCAUGAAUCGGAGCUGUGUGGUGUCGGCCCACUUCGGAAGUCAUCAGGUUCACCUGGUUGUUAAGUUUCCGGCUCAGUACCCUAACAACGCAGCACCCUCGUUCCAGUUUGUCUCCCCGACAACCAUCCCCUCUGCCAUGAAGAUCAAGAUCCAGAAGAUCCUGACUGAUACUUCUUUACAAAAAGUAAAGAGGAACCAGAACUGUCUGGAGCCAUGCGUGCGGCAGCUGGUGUCCUGCUUGGAGUCUGACAUGACUCAGGAGGACAGUCCUGCUUCUGGCCCUUUUGUCCUGUCCAAUCCGGUGACUCCGUCCCUGCAGGCAUUUCCACGGGUCACCAACACCUACGGCUCCUAUCAGGAUGCCAACAUCCCGUUUCCUCGGACAUCGGGAGCUCGUUUCUGUGGCACGGGUUGUCUUGUUUACUUCACCCGACCAAUCACCAUGCACCGCUCAGCCCCUCCCACUGAACCCACUCCCAGGUCCCUGUCGGCUCUGUCAGCCUAUCACAGCGGGGUUCUGACCCCGAUGAAGAUGCGUUCAGAGUCUCAGAGCACCCUGCGCCUCUACAGCGGGAGCCCGACCCGCUCCGAUAAAGACACCGUCUCCAUCUCCUCCUUCUACUAUAAAGAGCGGAAGCUUCCUAUGUCUGCCUCCCGUCGCUGGUCUGUUCAAACCCUCCAUGAUUGGCCGAAAUCCCGGCGCUUCAAGACAAAGCGGGAAGGCGUGGACUACGGCAGCCGUCCCAUCAAGCUGGCGGGGAAAGUCAUUAUCCAGGAUAUCUCCUGCCUGCUGCCCGUCCACAAAGCUCUGGGAGAGAGUUACAUCUCACAGUUCUCUGAUCUGCAGGUUUGGGCUUUGGCCUCCGCAGCCACCAAUCAAGACCUGAGUCCAGAUUCUGACCCGGACACAGAGACGCCCUGGGCCAGACAUCCGUUCGGACGCCAUCUGCUGGAGACGCUGCUGGAGCACUACAGCCAGAUGAGCGACGUCCAGACCCUGGGUAUGCUGUGCAGCGUGUUCAGGGCUCAGGCUCCGCCCCCUGACGGUUACUCUUUGCCUCCGUCACGCCUCCACUCCCGAUACCCCAGCUACACGUCCAGCUCCGUCACCUCCGGCUCCUGCUCCAGCGCCUCGGACUCCUGGAACACAGUCAGAGACCCCGAGCACCCCAACCCCUGGGGGGAGUCUUCUCCUGACGAUUAUCGCUAUGGCAACCAGGGCUACACGGACCCUCGGGAACGAGAGCGGGAGCUCCAUGACAUGAACAAGAGGCUGCUGGACCCGGCGUACACGCUGCAGUACGACGACUUCAAGAAGUGUUACGGCGAGAUCCUGUACCGCUGGGGUCUGAGAGACAAGCGGGCCGACGUGCUGAAGUUCACCUCCAGCCCCCCAGAACCUCACAAAGGCAUCGAGUUCGGGGUGUACUGCUGCCACUGCCGCAGCCAGGCCCGCGGGACCCAGUGCGCCGUCUGCAAGCGGCUGACCUUCCAGUGCGCCGUCUGCCACGUGGCGGUCCGAGGAUUGUCCAACUUCUGCCUGAGCUGCGGACACGGAGGUCACACCGCACACAUGAUGGACUGGUUCCGGCGCCGGGACGAGUGUCCGGCCGGCUGCGGCUGCCCCUGCCUGCUGCAGAGCACCUUCUAAGGCUCCGUCAGGACCGGCGGUCUGAAAGACCAGAACUACAGACGAUCGGGUUUCACCUUUAAUUCAUUCAGAUAGUGUCUUUUCCCCACAGUGGAUCAAAACUGACACCGUUUCCACAGUGAUGCUGGAUGAAAUUAUGCAAUAAAAUCUCACGUUGGACCCAGUUCACAGACUUAAAACCUUAGAAGAAGAAAUAAAGUUUUAUUCAUUAUCAGAAAGGCCUCAGUAUCAUCAGAGCUGCAUGAAGAUGCUUUAAAUCUAAUGAUUAAAAUAUUAAAACGAACAGAAUGAGGAUUACAGUCUAGGGGUAAACCGGAGAGAAGAGAGUUGCAUUAAUCAAUAUGGAUCAGAACAAAAACAGAAUGCAGGAAAAAAGGGACAAAGAUAAUGAUUUAUAGAUGAAGGAACGUUAAAUAGGUAAAGUUAUUGAUGUGGGAGGAUGACACCCAGACUCUUCACCUGAGGAAACAAAAAAAAAGACAACGGAACUGUCAGAUGGAAGACAGAAAAUGUCAGCCUUGGAAAAAAUCAUUUGGUUCCUACCAGGAGGAUCUCCGUUUAGUUCAAUUUAG